UCCAGGCGACGCGCCAUGGCUGCGGGAGCGCCCGGCCCGGGCUCCGCGCCCUCUGCGCCCUCGGUGCCCCCUGCACCCUCUGCGUCCUCCGCGCCCUCCGCGCCCUCGGGGUCCUCCGCGCCCUGGGUGCCCCUGGCUGCGCUCAACAUGCGAGUGCGGCGCCGCCUGUCGCUGUUCCUCAACGUGCAGUCGCUGGUGGCGGCCGACUGGACCACGCUGGCCGAGGAGCUGGGCUUCGAGUACCUGGAGAUCCGGCAGCUGGAGGCGUACCCCAACCCCACCGGCCGCCUGUUGGACGCCUGGGAGGGCCGCCCUGACGCCUCUGUGAGCCGCCUGCUCGAGCUGCUUGCCAAGCUUGGCCGCCAGGACGCCCUGGAAGAGCUGGGGCCCAGCAUCGAGGAGGACUGCCAGAAAUAUAUUCUGAAGCAGAAGCAGGAGGAGUCUGAGAAGCCUCUACAGGUGCCCGCCGUGGACAGCAGCGUCCCACGGACGGCAGAGGUGGCAGGCAUCACCACGCUUGAUGAUCCCCUGGGGCAAGUGCCCGAGCGCUUCGAUGCCUUCAUCUGCUACUGCCCCAGCGACAUCCAGUUUGUGCAGGAGAUGAUCCGGCAGCUAGAGCAGACAGACUAUCGGCUGAAGUUGUGUGUGUCUGACCGCGAUGUCCUGCCUGGCACCUGUGUCUGGUCCAUUGCCAGCGAGCUCAUUGAGAAAAGGUGUCGCCGAAUGGUGGUGGUUGUCUCUGAUGAUUACCUGCAGAGCAAGGAAUGUGACUUCCAGACCAAGUUUGCGCUCAGCCUCUGUCCAGGUGCCCAUCAGAAGCGGCUGAUCCCCAUCAAGUACAAGGCAAUGAAGAAGGAGUUCCCCAGCAUCCUGCGGUUCAUCACCGUCUGUGACUACACCAACCCCUGCACCAAGUCCUGGUUCUGGAUCCGCCUUGCCAAGGCCCUGUCCCUGCCUUGAAGACUGCCCCUGGGACCCUGGGGUUGCGUGCGUCUGUCUGCCUGCCCCUGCACUGCUGCCCCUGCCUCCUGCUGUGACUGCAGGGGCUCUGCGCUCCACUUGCUGCAAGACUUCUAGAUGUCGAUACCACAGGCACAUCUGCAGCCCCAGUGGCUGCCCUCGCUGUCUCACAUCACGUCCUGUGUCCUGCACGAAACCAGUGGCUGAGAGGUGCGUCCUCCUUCAGGAUGAUCAGCCAGGACAGCGGGGAGCAAGGCCACCUGGGACCACGAGGAGGCCCGGGAGAGUCAGCUCUGACCUAUCCAGGCAUCUUUGGCCCCGGUUUCCCCACCUGAGACUGAGCAGCUGCAGGAGAGGAGGCUGCAACUGCGUCUGAAUCACUGUAGGAAAUGGUGAUGCAUUGCUCUGGAUCUCCUGGGGAGACCCCUUUGCUGAGAGUGAGCUGGCUGCCUGGGCCUCAUACUGGGCAGUGCUGGGACCACAGCAAGGCUGGGCGGCUGCUUCCGCAAUGGUGCCCGCUGGUGCUUCAGUGCCUCCAUGCACGCUUCACUUUCCACUCCUCUUCUAACCCAAAUCCGUUACUGUCGAGUCGAUUCCAACUCAGGGACCCUAUAGGACAGAGUAGAACUGCCCUAUAGAGUCCGAGGAGCACCUGGUAGAUUUGAACUGUUGACCUUUUGGUUGGCAGCUGAGCUCUUAACCACUGUGCCACCAGGGCUCCCCUCUUAUCCGGGUGGUGGGUGUACCCACGGCGCAAGCGGGGGAGCAGGCUAGCCCAGAGCAGGGAGAUCCCAUCUUGACCCUGAUUCCCCACUGGGCCCGCCUCUCGUCUGCCUCAUGGGACCUCCCAACCUCUGCUCCACCUUUAGCAUCUCCGAAUGUCCAAGUCUAGCCAGAGCAGCGGGGGCUGCUUCUCACGGACCUAUCGGGUUGCCUGCAGCCAGGCUCUCAGCUCUGCCUGGCAUGAGAUGGGGUCCUGGCCUCUGGCGUAUCUAUCAAGGAUAGAUCCUGGGGGAGGAAGCUUUCUUCUCUGGACCACCCACAGCCAGCUUUCACAGGACUUUCUAUACCUUCGUUGCCUUAUGGAGCGUUUCUUGGGCCCAGUUUACAAACGGCGGCCACACAAGGGCCACCAGCCCCGAAGCAUGUGUGCCCACAGAUGCGUGCAAACACACACACCUUCACACACACACUCACUCACCGAUCCCUGCGCACGCACAUUUCCCUGGGUACAGCUUCUAGGCACAGAUAUUUUUAAAAAGUCUUGCCAUCAAGGGGGCCCAACCAUCUCCCUGGACAGAUGCGCCACUCUUGUUCUCCUUUAUUCUUUCUGAGUGGGGUUUCCUCCUCGUCUUUUUUCCCUACUCCUUGAAACCAGACUUGGAAAGGAACCAAUAGGCCAGCAUUUACACCUUCAGGGAGGAGGAGGGCCGCCCAAAUUCACACGACAGGUUAGCAGAGACAGCUGACUGUGCUCCUUCUCCCAGGGAAAUUUGCAGGUCCCUUCAGUUCUCCUUCAGGGAGAGAAUGACAGGGUCUCAGGUCUCUAAAUCCAAUAGAAAAGAUCUUCCUUCUGUGCUCUGCCCCCAGCCACGGCUGGGGUACCCCUUAGGAUCUCUGCCUGGAGGAUUUUGAAACAUCUGAUCUUCAUGAAGCCCUUAGCUGCCAUGCCCCUGCCCCCUUUGAUAAAGGGGAGGCUUUUAAAGCAAUUUCAAGGAAGUAUCGUUGGCACUUUUGUAUACGUUGUGAAACUCUCAGAGAGACCUGUCUCUCUGAAUGCCAGUGUUUGUCAUUCCUCCUAUAUUUUGGGUUUACAAUAAAGAAGUCUCUGCUUUGGGAACAGCAGGUCUCGUUUGUGUCUGAAAGGAGAUUGAGAGCAGUGACCGGGGUAAAGGUGCUUCUGCACAAGAGAAGCUAGCCUGUGGGUAGGUUCUCGCAGCUUUGGCAGGGGCUUCCGGAAGGCUGGCCCCUUCCCCAUAGGCCCCAGGCCUCAGCAGAAGUCCCAGUUGGCCCCAGACACUUGAAGACCACUGUCCUCCUCCUGAGCUUACUUGAGGUCUGCUUUUGGGUGGGCUGUGCUUCUGGGUCCUAGACUGGUCAAUGAAGGAGGGUACUCUGCUGGGCUUCAAGGCCCUACGUACUCGAGUCCACAGGUCUCCUGAAAUCUCAGCUGUUUUCAUUAAUGGUCCUCUUUGGGCUUGGCUGUCUUAAUCCUAGGUGUCCUAGUCACCUAGUGCUGCUGUGACAGAAACACCACAGUGCGUGGUGUCCUAGUCAUCUAGUCCUCAUAGAACAGAAACACCACAAUGGAUGGUGUCCUAGUCACCUAGUGCUGCUGUGACAGAAACACCACAGUGGAUGGUGUCCUAGUCACCUACUGCUGCUGUAACAGAAACACCACAGUGGAUGGUGUCCCAGUCGCCUGGUGCUGCUGUGACAGAAACACCACAGUGGAUGGUGUCCCAGUCGCCUGGUGCUGCUGUGACAGAAACACCACAGUGGAUGGUGUCCCAGUCGCCUAGUGCUGCUGUGACAGAAACACCACAGUGGAUGGUGUCCCAGUCACCCAGUGCUGCUGUGACAGAAACACCACAGUGGAGGGUGUCCCAGUCACCCAGUGCUGCUCUAACAGAAACACCACAGUGGAGGAUGUCCCAGUCGCCCGGUGCUGCUGUGACAGAAACACCACAGUGGAUGGUGUCCCAGUCGCCCGGUGCUGCUGUGACAGAAACACCACAGUGGAUGGUGUCCCAGUCGCCCGGUGCUGCUGUGACAGAAACACCACAGUGGAGGGUGUCCCAGUCGCCCGGUGCUGCUGUAACAGAAACACCACAGUGGAUGGUGUCCCAGUCGCCUAGUGCUACCGUAACAGAAACACCACAGUGGAUGGUGUCCCAGUCACCUAGUGCUGCUGUAACAGAAGCACCACAGUGGAUGGUGUCCCGGUCACCUAGUGCUGCUGUGACAGAAACACCACAGUGGAGGGUGUCCCGGUCACCUAGUGCUGCUGUGACAGAAACACCACAGUGGAGGGUGUCCCGGUCGCCUAGUGCUGCUGUGACAGAAACACCACAGUGGAGGGUGUCCCGGUCGCCUAGUGCUGCUGUGACAGAAACACCACAGUGGAGGGUGUCCCGGUCGCCUAGUGCUGCUGUGACAGAAACACCACAGUGGAUGGUGUCCCGGUCGCCUGGUGCUGCUGUGACAGAAACACCACAGUGGAGGGUGUCCCAGUCACCCAGUGCUGCUCUAACAGAAACACCACAGUGGAGGGUGUCCCAGUCGCCCGGUGCUGCUGUGACAGAAACACCACAGUGGAGGGUGUCCCAGUCGCCCGGUGCUGCUGUGACAGAAACACCACAGUGGAGGGUGUCCCAGUCGCCCGGUGCUGCUGUGACAGAAACACCACAGUGGAGGGUGUCCCAGUCGCCCGGUGCUGCUGUGACAGAAACACCACAGUGGAGGGUGUCCCGGUCACCUAGUGCUGCUGUGACAGAAACACCACAGUGGAUGGUGUCCCAGUCACCUAGUGCUGCUGUGACAGAAACACCACAGUGGAGGGUGUCCCAGUCACCUAGUGCUGCUGUGACAGAAACACCACAGUGGAUGGUGUCCCAGUCACCUAGUGCUGCUGUGACAGAAACACCACAGUGGAUGGUGUCCCAGUCGCCUGGUGCUGCUGUGACAGAAACACCACAGUGGAGGGUGUCCCAGUCGCCUAGUGCUACUGUAACAGAAACACCACAGUGGAUGGUGUCCCGGUCACCUAGUGCUGCUUUAACAGAACUACCACAGGUGGAUGGCUUUAUCAAAGAGAUUUGUUCUCUCACAGUCGAGGAGGCUAGAAGUCGGAAUUCAGGGCGCCAGCUCCAGGGGAAGAUUUUCUCUCUCUGUGGGUUCUGGGGGAAGGUCCUUGACAUCAAUCUUCCCCUGAUCUGGGAGCAUCUCAGUGCAGGAACCCCAAGUCCAAAUAUGUGCUCUGCUCCUGGUGCUUCUUUCUUGGUGGUAUGAGGCUCUUGUCUCUCUGCUCCCUUCUCUCUUUUGUAUCUCAAAAGAGGCUGAUUUAAAACAUAACCUAAUCCUGUAGAUGGAGUCCUGCCUUAUUAACAUAACUGCCGCUAAUCCCGCCUUAUUAACAUUUUGGAGGCAGGAUUUACAACACAUAGGAAAUCACAUCAAAUGACAAAAUGGUGGACAAUCAACAGGGAGAAUUGCAGCCUGGCCAAGCUGACACACAUAUUCGGGUGACACAAUUCAGUUCAUGGCACUAGAGUAUUGAUCUAUUUUGUUAAUAAAAAUACAUCACUUUUCACUCUUCACUCAAGAGAUUAUCGUGGCCACUCCCCGUGUGGAGAGUAGACUGCGCUCCGUAAUGUUUUCAUGGCUGUGACCUUUAGGAAGUUCACCAGGCCUUUCAUCCAAGGUGUCUCUGGGUGUGUUCAAACCCUUUUGGUUAAUAGAGUGCUUAACAGUUUGUGCUACCCAAGGACUCUGUGAGUUAGAAUUGACUCAGUGGCAGCUGAUUUGUUUUGAUUUAGACAUUAUCAGUGAUAACGAUCUCUCUGUCACCGUGUCCUGGCUCACGAGCUGUCUGGGUGCCUGAGGCCCCCUUGCCUGGCCCCUCUUCCCUCAGGGAUUCCAGAGAAGGCCUGACUGCUUAGAUCAGCCCUGCAGGACCUUCCUCUCUGCAUCCCCUGGGGGCAGAGCCGCAGUGUGACCAGGGCAGUGCCCCCAGGAUCUGCUCGGUGCCACCCGCGGCUGGGGAGGUAGUUCUUGGGCCCACUCAGGUCAUGCAGGGGUAUAGAAACGGUGUGGUUAUGUCUGACUGCCUCGUCUAACUUCAGGAUGGGGGAGGAGAUUCAAGGUCAACAUCAGCCCAAAGCUGAUUCUUGUGAGGUGGAGGUCAGACUUACAAUCUCUUUCUAACCUUUUACCAAUUCUGACAUCAACCGUCCCUCCCACCGCACUACUUCUCCGCUGGGUCCAAUAAUUCAUUGCAAUGGCCACACAGAGCUCACAGACCAUACUCACAGUUAUGGGUUUAUUAGGGAUGUAACAGGCUACAACUUGGGAUCAGGCCUAGGAAGCGUGUAGGCAAAGUCUCCCUUCUUCAGUACAGGACAGAUCUCUCAGGUCCUCUGGGCUGUUCAGGGCUCCACUUGGCCUCCUAAGAACAGGCUCUUCUCAGCCCCUUAAGCUGGCCUGCUCUCUUACUCCUCCACCCUCGCUUGGGCCUGGCCUCCGCCCUGCUCAGACAAGUGUUAUAGCUCUUUAGCUCUCCUGGUAAGUGCUUGGAGGCACCCCACUCUACCAGCAAGCCUGCCUGAGGCACUCAGCUCUCUUGCCACCAUGCUGCCUUGCACUAGUCUCCUGGUUCUGCUGCUACGGCUUCUCACCAUCUCCUGCCAUCUCGUGUUACAGCUGUUUCCUGGGUCUACAAGGUUCUCAUCACAGGGACCCCAGGUCCAAAGGGCACACUUUACUCCUGGGUCUUCUUUCUCUGCUUUUGGAGUUGGCUUAUUUUAAGCCUAGCAGGAUGGCAAAACUGACCAAUCUGGUACAAUGGUUCCAUACAUCUUAUUUGUAUAUCCCACCCCCAAGGUUCCAUGCACCUUAUUUACUUUAUUAGCGGGCUGUCCAAUCGCCUUCAUGGGCCACAAAUGGCAAUUUGCAUAGUCCCACCCAAUUAUUUUUUGGGAGUCACAGGACCAUGAAUGGCUAGAAGGGCCAUAUUAAGUAAUUCACUGACCACAAGUGGUCUCUGGUUGACCCUAGGCCCCUCUCUAGUUUCUUUUUUGAGUCUUUUGUUUCCUUUUUUCUCUUUUGCUCUGAAUGAGAAAAAAAAAAAGUAGAGACCAAUAAUUGUAUCUCAGAUGGUCGCUCACAAGCUUUUAAGACACUGAGUUUUCAUUUUGCCCCAUGUAUCUCAGGCUGGGCACCUGAGAAGCCAGCAAUUCAGAAAUCAAUGGGUGUAAAGAGAGAGAGAGAGAUGGAAAAAAAAGAGAGCCCCAAGAAAAACCUGUUGUUUCUAGCUAAAAAGCCAGGAAGGGGCAACCUAGGAAGACGGAAAACUUUUAGACAAUAACCGCCCCCCUCCAGCCAAACUGGAAAACAAGCCAGAAUCCUCCCCCCGUCAUGAAAAGACAAAUGGGGAGCCUAGAUUUCCACCCCCAGUCCCCAGUGCUGGGGUGGUGUCACAAAUGGAGAGCCUAGAUUUCUACCCCCAGGACCCCGGCUGGGGUGGUGUCAGAAAUGGGGAGCCUAGAAUUCCACCCCCAGCCCCCACUGCAGGGGUGGUGUUAGAGGAGGACUAGUGGAGGGUCAGGCUUUUCACUGCUCCCAGGAGUAAUGUGCCCCCACCAUGUCAGUGGAGAUCAUGUAGGGACAGGAACAAGGCAUUCUUCCCCCUCCCACCCAGGUAGUAUCAGAACGAAUGGGGAGCCUGAACUCCUACCGAGCCUGGCUGGUAACCAGGAGCACCACUGGGAUGUCAACAGAGGCCAAGUGGGGAACCUGGACUUCUACCUCCACUGGACAGUACUCCCUCUUACCCUAUCAGUGCAGUACCAGAGAAAGCCUGCUGAGAAGAUUUAAAUAAAGUCCAGAGUCUCCUAGCAUGAUACCUGAAAUGUCCAGGAUUGAAAAGCACUUGUCAUUCCAAGAACCAGGAAAAUGUCAGCUCGAAUGAGAAACGAUAAUCAGCAGAGGUUGUCAUGAUUGAAUUGUGUCCCCCAAAAUGGGUGUCAACCUGCCUAGGCCAUGACUCCCAAUACUGUGUGACUGUCCACCAUUUUGUCAUCUGAUGUGAUUUUCCUAUGUGUUGUAAAUUCUGUCUCAAUGAUGUUGAUGAGGUGGGAUUAGCAGCAGUUAUGUUAACGAGGCAGGACUCAAUCUACAAGGUUAGGUUGCAUUUUAAACCAAUCUCUCUUGAGAUAUAAAAGAGAGAAGUGAGCGGAGAGACAAGAGGAUCUCAUACCACCAAGAAAACAGCACCAGGAGCAAAGCGCGUCCCUUGGGCCCGGGGUCCCUAUGCUGAGAAGCUCCUUGACCAGGGGAAGACUGAUGACAAGGACCUUCCCCACACCCAACAGAGAGAGAAAGCCUUCCCCUGGAGCUAGCACCCUGAAUUUGGACUUCUAGCCUCCUAUAUUGUGAGACAAUAAAUUUCUAUUUGUUAAAGUCAUCCACUUGUGGUAUUUCUGUUAUAGCAGCACUAGAUGACCAAGACAGAUGCCAGUGCUGAGAUGGCGCAGAUGUUAGAAUUAUCUCACUAAGAUUUUAAAGCAGCCGUUGUAAAAAUGUUUUAGUGAACAAUUAUGAAAACGUGUGAAACAAAAAAAUAGAAAGUCUCAGCCAAGAAAUAGGAGUUAUAAAGAAGGACCAAAUCAAAAUUUUAGAACCGAGGAGUACAAUAACUAAAAAAAAAAAAAAAACC